GGUGCGGUUUUUCUCUGCAAAAAUAAUGAUUUGUUUUCGUUAAAAUUAAACUAACUAUAUAAUUUUUAGAGCAGAAAAUAUAAGUUAUAAAUAAUGUUUUCCCGAUCAAGGCUAUUUUUAUCGAAGACUUCCAUAGUAAAGAAUGCAUUUAAACUUGAACAUCAAAACGAUGGUCGUUUACUUUACGGAAUUACCGCUGGAGCUACAAGAAAUCGAUCUACAACACCUAUAAAUACAAUUAUUAUGUUUGUUCCCCAGCAAGAGGCAUGGAUUGUUGAGAGGAUGGGUAAAUUCCAUAGACUACUGGAACCAGGUCUGAAUUUAUUAUGGCCAAUAUUUGACAAGAUUAAAUAUGUUCAAAGUCUCAAAGAAAUUGCCAUUGAUGUACCAAAACAGAGUGCGAUCACAUCAGACAAUGUGACACUCAGUAUUGAUGGUGUUUUGUAUCUGAGGAUUGUGGAUCCUUACUUAGCUUCCUAUGGUGUGGAAGAUCCAGAGUUUGCCAUAACACAACUAGCACAAACUACAAUGAGAUCGGAGUUGGGAAAGAUUUCGUUGGACAAAGUCUUCCGUGAGAGAGAGUCAUUGAAUGUGCAAAUAGUGGAUGUGAUCAACAAAGCCAGUGAGGCGUGGGGUAUUGCGUGCUUGAGAUAUGAAAUACGUGACAUAAAGCUGCCAACUCGGGUGCAUGAAGCUAUGCAGAUGCAGGUAGAAGCGGAGAGGCGGAAGCGAGCGGCCAUUUUGGAGUCCGAGGGUGUCAGAGCGGCCGAUAUCAAUGUUGCAGAGGGAAAGAGACAGGCUCGAAUAUUAGCUUCAGAGGCUGAGAAGCAGGAGCAGAUAAACAAGGCGUCUGGUGAGGCGCAGGCGAUGCUCGCGGUGGCGCAGGCCCGGGCCAAGGGGCUCCAGAUGAUUGCCAGCGCACUGUCCCUGCCUGAAAGUAAGAAUGCGGCGUCCUUGUCAAUCGCGGAGCAGUACAUAGCGGCAUUCAACAAGCUCGCUAGAACUAACAACACCCUCAUACUACCAUCGAACGCUGGCGACGUUCCUAAUUUAGUAGCACAGGCUAUGUCAAUAUAUUCAACGGUAUCAGGUAACAGCAGACAAGUGGCACACGGGGAGCCAAUAGUUCCAGAAAUCAUGUAUGAUGACCCCCUAUACAAACUGAACUUGACAGAAAAAGGCACAACUCUAGCGGGCCAACCCGUGCCAUUAGAAGAAGAUUUAGCAGAAUAUUACUCGGACGAUGAAGAGAGAGAAAGGGCAAAGUCACAGAUGGAUAGAAAGAAACCAACUUUAGAAAAAGAAUAAGUAGUCAUUUUAAUGUUAAUAAAAGAUUUAUUUCUCGCGUAA